AUGGCAGCCAAUAUUGCAUCCUUGAGGCGAAGUUUUGCAGAGAGAAGCAGAGAAAGGUUGCUAUCCAGAAAAGGGUAUUCAGAAUUAGGAUUGGGUGAAUCUUAUGGUGGUGAUGAAGGUCUCAGAUGCGGUUGUAUUCGAUCAGUUGGCGAUAAAUUUACAAAUUUUUGGAUUACUGUUCGAGAAAAUGCAGUUAAAGCAUAUAAAAUGGGUCGCUCUGAUCCUCGAAAAGUCAUAUUUGCAGCUAAAAUGGGAUUGGCUCUCGUGCUCGUUUCGGUUCUCAUAUUCUUCAAAGAACCACUCAAUUAUAUUGGGCAACACUCCAUCUGGGCGAUCCUCACCGUUGUCGUUGUUUUCGAAUUCAGCAUAGGAGCCACACUUAACAAAGGAUUUAACCGCGCCUUGGGGACAGUAUCUGCCGGCGCACUUUCUCUGGGCAUUGCUGAACUAUCUGUGUUGGCUGGAGAUUGGCAAGAAUUUGUUAUCGUUUUCAGCAUUUUUAUGGCAGGGUUUUGUGCAAGUUAUUUGAAGCUGCACCCGUCGAUGAAGCAAUACGAAUAUGGGUUUCGGGUUUUCCUGUUGACAUUUUGUAUCGUCUUGGUAUCGGGGACUUCAAAUUUUAUCCAAACUGCUGUUUCUCGGUUCUUGCUAAUUGCUGUUGGAGCUGGUGUGUGUUUGCUUGUUAAUAUCUGUGUUUAUCCCAUUUGGGCUGGGGAGGAUUUACACAAAUUGGUGGUGAAAAAUUUUAAGGGUGUUGCUACUUCCUUGGAAGAUUGUGUUAAUGGGUACUUGGACAGCGUUGAAUAUGAGAGGAUCCCUUCAAAAAUUCUAUUCUACCAGGCUUCUGAUGACCUUGUUUAUAAAGGAUACAGAUCUGCUGUGGAGUCCACAAGCCAAGAGGAUUCCCUUUUAAACUUUGCUGUAUGGGAACCACCUCAUGGCCGUUACAAAAUGUUCAACUAUCCUUGGAGUGACUAUGUUAAAGUUAGUGGUGCAUUGCGGCAUUGUGCAUUCAUGGUCAUGGCAAUGCAUGGGAGUAUACUCUCACAAAUACAGGCGGCUUCUGAAUUAAGACAGGUGUUUAGGAACGAGAUUCAUAGGGUAGGCACUGAAGGAGCUAAAGUGUUGCACGUGCUUAGAGACAAAGUAGAAAAGAUGGAAAAAUUAAGCCCUGGUGACUUGCUCCAUGAAGUGCAUGAGGCUGCAGAAGAGUUGCAAAUGAAGAUAGAUCAAAAAUCAUACCUUAUGGUCAAUCCUGGGAUCUUGGAAAGUGGGAUACGACCUAAGAAAUUUGAAGACCUGGAUAACUUCGAAGAACUAAAGGACAAUGAAAAUAAAAAUUUGGUGAUAAACUCCCUCAGUGAAGCAAAUCUCAACCUGAGAUCAGCUCAGACAUUAAGAAACUGGGAUCCUCAUAAUCCAAACAUGAGCACCAAUGUUUCUGUGUCACAAUUGGGCUCCUCAGAAAUCAUGUUAAAGCAGCAGACACAAUGGCCAUCCCGUCUCUCAGUUUUCGGUGAUACCAUUCUCAAUGAACGUGAAGUAAAGACUUAUGAAAGUGCAAGUGCAUUGUCAUUGGCAACAUUUACUUCCUUGUUAAUUGAGUUUGUUGCAAGGCUUCAAAAUCUUGUUGACUCCUUUGAAGAGCUUAGCCAAAAUGCAAAAUUCAAGGAACCUGUUGACCCAACCAAAUCAAAAGAGGUGGUUAGUUUCUGGACCAGCUACAGAAUCAAAAUCAAUAGCUUGAAUCAUCGAUUGUGUCAACAUAGCUACCGUUUCAUCAAUCUUGAAAUUCACCCAAAAUCAACUGUUUUUGUUAAGUGUUCUUCUGCUAGUCAAAGAGCGUCCGCUGAGGAAAACUUACCCCAAGAAGAGCAAGAAUUAGAGAUUCAGCAUAACAACGGAUUCUGGAAGAAAUGGAAGGCAAAUUCGACCGAAAUGAGUUCCAAACUUGCGAAGCUCGGGCUUGCGGCUGUCCUUGCUUAUGGCUUGUUCGACGGUGUCACUCACACAACUUUCUUUGUGCUUGCAUUUCUUGGAUAUGAGAAGAGUACAGGGAAGAAUCCUGCUACCAAUCUCCAAGCUCUAUUGGGCUCAAGCUACAGAAUCAAAAUCAAUAGCUUGAAUCAUCGAUUGUGUCAACAUAGCUACCGUUUCAUCAAUCUUGAAAUUCACCCAAAAUCAACUGUUUUUGUUAAGUGUUCUUCUGCUAGUCAAAGAGCGUCCGCUGAGGAAAACUUACCCCAAGAAGAGCAAGAAUUAGAGAUUCAGCAUAACAACGGAUUCUGGAAGAAAUGGAAGGCAAAUUCGACCGAAAUGAGUUCCAAACUUGCGAAGCUCGGGCUUGCGGCUGUCCUUGCUUAUGGCUUGUUCGACGGUGUCACUCACACAACUUUCUUUGUGCUUGCAUUUCUUGGAUAUGAGAAGAGUACAGGGAAGAAUCCUGCUGCCAAUCUCCAAGCUCUAUUGGGCUCAAGUAGUAACCAUUGUGGGAUCGAGACAGAGAGAGCAUGCAUGAAAUACAAGGUGAACAUAGAUGUGCAACGACAAGCUUUUACCUUCUCUAUUGGUUGUGGAGUUGGUGAUGACUUGUCAGCAUGGGGUGGAAUUCUAGAUAUCUUUUAUUUUGCUAAAAGGACAACUGAAACUGGUAUCAUUGGCUUUUCCCCUCAGAUGAUUGUGAUCUUGAUGUGGACUGGAAACAACAUCACAAGACCAUUUCGAGUGGCAGGCACCGCUGCAUUAACACCUGUUAUUGUUAAGAAGAUCCAAAAAUACUUCAAUUUCCCAGGUCUUGUCUAUGCAUUUCUGCUUGUGGUGGUUGCAGUAGCUGCCUCGUGUUCGACAGUUGUUGGUCUGCUUAUCCUUUCAAUAUGGGGAAAAUGAAUUGUGAAGGUAAUAAUUUUCUGCAGUUAAUUUGAGAUAUCCCUCCCCAAAUCAGGGAGAAUUAAAAGUACGGCUUCCACCAAUCGUGUAUCUUGUAAUGAAACCCAGCUUAUUCUCAAUAUCAAGUUAAGCAGCAAUAGUUCCAUGAAUAAUUGCAACAG